AGGCGAAGUCGAUCCUUGGUUCGAUACGAAGUGCGCGAUUCUCGGUUGGAUUCAGCUUUAGAGUCCUUUUUUUAUUUAAUUUUUUAUAGAAAACUUGUGGGUAAUUAAAAUUGACCAAGAAAUGUAGGGAGACUGUUUUGUAAAAAGAAAUUAAGAGAGAUAAAGAGAAUAUUGCGAAAGGAGAUUCUAAUUUUCAUUGCGAACCGGUCUUGGUGCUGUGAAUGAAAGUGUUGUGGGUCUAGAGAGAAACAGAACAUUGAGAACCCCUGUUCCGGAUAGAAACUUGGUGAAAAUAGAGGCUGCGAGAACUCUAGGAGAGAAGUUUUGAUAAAAAAGCCAAUUAUAGGAGGGAGUACCAAGACAGUGCAAAAUGAAGACUUCUUGCAUAUUAUGUGGCCUUUUAUUGGUCGUUGGUUUAGUCGCCUCCAGUCCUAUUGUUAAGAGGGCGGCAGAAGAUGACCUUAGUCCCCUAAACGAAGUUUAUGUUAUGGAGAACGAAGAUGAAGCUGGUCUAGAUGAUGACAGAGGAGACAGAGACAAGAGGAAAAUAGGAAUAGUUAAACUCGGAGUAACGAAUGGACUUAUCAAUUUUGUGUUCGGGAAAUUGGAUGCUUUCAUAAACGCGAAGACGAAAGCUUUGAUAGUCCUGGACGAAUCGAAUAAGGCGAAAAAUGCCGCUUUCGGAAUCGAUAAUACGCAAUCAGCAACUACCCAAUUUCUCACUAAUUUAAUUGGUCAAAAAAUACAAGCUGGCACUGCCAGUAUUGGUCCGGCAAUAAAUAGUGCAACUACAUUCUUCUCGAGUGCAAAAACUGGCCUCGCCGGCGCUUUUGCUUCGAAAUUCGCGCCUUUGAGUUCGCUUUCCGGUGGUCUUACCAGCGGACUUGCCGGCGGACUUUCUGCUGGUAAUUCAGGAGAUUCAAAUGGUGGGGGUGGUUCAGGAAACAUCCUGAGUACUUUGACAAGUUUGAGCGGAAGUAGUAGCGGCGGCGAUUUAAGUGGUGGAAGUAGCGGAAAUAACGGAAAUUCACAUUCUGACGAAGUUCGUUCCACAACUGAGGAGGAUAUCCCUGAAUUCGACAGGAAAAAAGUCUCCUUGGAUGUACCACCCCAAGCUUUUGGUACCGGAUUUACACUGAUAACAAAUGUCAGUAAAGUGCUCAGUAACCUGAUAAUGAAUUCAGCCCUUAGGACACAGAGCGUUUUAGAAGUAUUUAAACCAAUAUUUAGAGGGACGUUUGCCAUCAAAGGUUUACCCUCAGACAACCCGAAGUAGAUCAACUACGAAUUCUUAGGCGACCGAAUUGCUCAACCGACGUUGGAGACUUGCAAUUCUUAGACAAGUUUUUUUUAACGCACUCUUGAGUGAUUCCAGUUCAAUUUUUUAAAUGUAAACUUCAUUUUAUGUCUGCUUGGAUCUAAGAAUGAAAAAGGAUCCAAAUGUUAAACUUGUUUCUGAGAAAGAUUAUGGAAAAUUAAUUAUUAAGCUGGCAUGAAAAUUACUAGAUUUAUAGUUUAAGAGUCAAGAUCUUUAAAUGUAAAACUGUUUUAGGUGAAGAACUUGAAAUUAUCAUUUUAUAAACUACUGAUGCCAAAGUUUUUUUGUUCUAUAAGCUUUUGAUAACAUUGGACAUGUUUAUAAUUGGAUUUUAUUUUAUAAGAGAAUUUGUGCCUGCAUUUACAAUGUUAAAAAGGAAUUUGAUUUUUUUGGAAUAUCGUUUGGACAGUAUUAGAAUUUAAUGAUUUUGAUAUAUUUUUAUAAACAACUUAAAUUUUAAAUUUUCAGUUUGUUGAAAAUUAAAAAAAGAAUCAACAAAAUUUAUAACAAUAUAUAUGUACAGUUUCCUGUGGGAAAUAUUGCUAUAUUAUUUAGUAUAUUUAGAGGAAAUGAAUGUAGAUAAAAAUUUAUAUUUAAAUUUAUAUUCGAAACAUCUUUUUUGCAAAAAUGUAAUUACUUUUCUAUUGAACCAAAACGUGAUUUUUUCACAAAUUUUGGAACAUGGAAAGCUAAAAUGGUUAAUAGCUAUAAUUAUAAGAAUAUUUUGUACAUUUUUCAUUAACUUUGAAGGUUACAGUGACAUCAUAAAAGAAUAAGUGAAAGUAAAAUAAAUAUUUUUACGAGAAGAAAAGUCAAAUAUCGAAGUCAAUGAAAAAUUUAAUGUCAGGGUUAGGCUUUAUUUAAAUAUUUAUAGACUUUUACUUAUACCAGUAAAUCCACUUAUUUAAAAGUGAAAAAUGAAUGAAUCAUUUUUUCAAUUUCAAAUGUCAACGAUUAGUUUUUUGUGUCAAAAAUAUGAAUGCUACUUAUGCACGGUGAUUUAAAUUGACUAAAUCGAUUCAACAGAGUGCCAGAAAAAAUUAUUGUUAUUCAAAAUAGUUAUAUUUUAAUAGUUCCGAUAUAGUAAAAGUUUGAAUAUAAAUAAGUGUUUAGUUGUGCUAAAAACCCUCUUUUCGUAAAUGAACAAGAAAAUAAUAACUUCAAAGUUUUAUUCGAUUUUACCACAUGAUUUGGAUAAUUUAGAUAUUUAUAAAGAAAUUUAAUUUAGAAACACAGUAUUUCUAAACCUCUGGAAAAAUUGCAAAUUUUCGAAAAAGGGUUUUGUGGGUACUGCUUAUUGAAUAUAUCAUUAAACAUAAAUAUCAUAUUUAAUUUGUAUAGUCAUGGGCGCGUGUACGUAGAAUGUAAAAAAUGUUUGAAAUGGGGACAUAAGCAGCCUACAUUGUCUGCAAAAGCUGAUAAGUGUCACGCACGUUCAUGUGUAUUUUUGUAAAUAAUAA